CGUAAAUUCCUUGCCACACAUCCCUAACUCUAAGCACAACGAAAACACCACCAAAAAAACUAUUAUUUUUAUUUGAAUUAAACAAAUCAGCAACCAUCUUGCAUUGUCUGACCUCGUGCGUGGCCUAGGACUAUCCGCAGAGGGCAAGAUGGUUAUUCUUGAAAGGCUCUAGGAUUAGAACGCGGUGCGGACGGAACGCGAAAAGUACGUACACUCUUUGAUGGGCGUUGAAAUUAUAAACAAAUGAACUGCAAGUGCCCGUCGCGAGAAUGUAGCACACAUGGUGGCUAGCCCCAAGCGAGGUGUGCAAGGUCUCCGAUGUCAAUCUGCUCGUUAGCUUUUUCCCAAUGGGGAUGAGGCCCAUCUGCUAGACUCCAUCUAAACUAAUCCAAAGGUGUUUGGGAUCUAUCCUAAGAGUAUCGAAACCAAAAACAAAUAAAGACAAAUAAAAAUACCACAAGUACAUCGUAGAAAUAUUAAUAACCCCGAACCGUAAACUUAGAAAAGCUGGUGCCGGUGUCCAAGCAAAGCCCUAGAUAUCAGUAAAUAACUAACCUCAAAAUGGUGCGCAGCCGUCGCAGUCUCUCCAAGGAGGAUGCCGUGUCCCUGCUUACCGACAGCGGGAUCUCAUUGUCAUCGCCGCCGGCGGCGCGGGGCUCCUCGCCCACCUCCUCGACGAAGCUCAUUAAGCGCAGGAAGAGCAGCCUCACCAGUCUGCAGGAUGCGUACGCAGAGGAAGACACCGAGCAGGACUCGAAGGAUGCGGACUAUGUGCAGCCCGCGCCCAAGAAGUCCACGCGCAAGUCAGACCCAGGGCGCCGCAAGCAGCACGUGUGCAGCCAUUGCUCCAAAGAGUUUGGGGGCAAGACAGAUCUGCAGCGCCACUUGCUCAUCCACUCGGACGAACGGCCGCACAAGUGCGCGGACUGCGGCAAGUGCUAUCGCCAGGCGGUAAACCUGAAGAACCACAUAACCACCGCCCAUGAGCACAAGAAGCAGUUCGUCUGCGCCGAGUGCCCAAAAUCGUUUGCCCUCAAGGAGCGUCUGAGGUUGCAUAUGCGCCUCCACUCGGGGGAGAAGCCGUACCAGUGUCCCAUCUGCGACAAGCGAUUUGCUAGGGGAGGACAGCUACAACAACACAUGGUAUCCCAUCAUAAGACGUGUAUACAGCAAUUCAACUGCACCAAAUGCUCCGCCAGUUUCUCAACGAAUGCCAAUCUGCGAGUACAUAUGAUGCGCCACGAGCAGGGCAUGGAGCACCGGUGCAGCAUCUGCGAGAAUCAGUUUGCCAAUGAGCUGGCCCUGCGCGCCCACAUCAACCAGAAGCAUCACAAGCUCACGCAGUUCGAGUGCGAAAUCUGCCACAAAAGCAUAGAGCCCGACGAGGACCUAGCCACCCAUAUGCUGAAGCAUGCGGCUAUCAAGACCCAUGUGUGUGAGGUGUGCAAUUCGUACUUUACCCAAAAGUCUCAGUACAACGUCCACAUGAGGAUGCACACGGGGGAGAGGCCAUACCAGUGUCGUAUCUGUCACCAGACGUUUGCCCACUCCAGCGUGCUCAAGCUCCACAUACGCAAGCAUACGGGUGAGAAACCAUUCCGCUGCCAGCUAUGCGCGGAUGAGGUGGCCUUCUCGCAGUUGGCGCAUCUCAAGAACCAUAUGAAGAAGAUACACAAACAGCAAAAGCCGUAUAUGUGCGAUGGGUGCCAUGAGUUCUUCAAGAUCAAGGUGGAGCUGCAGGCGCAUGCCGAGCAGUGUGCCAAGUGUCCGGCAGUUGAAGGGGAUAAUACGGACAGUCAGUCAGAUGAUGCCCUGGUUCUCUCCACCAUCCGCUUCAACAUGGCCGUGAUCCUCAAAAAAAUAAGCUCUGCCCAGAAGCUGCGUCAAUUGGGCUACGAGAAGCGGCUGAUUGAUAAUGUCAUCAUUGCCUCACUGAAGCUGGCCCAGCGUCCCACGCACGACGAUGCCAAGCUAACGCCCCUGGCCAGGCUCCUUCUGAAUGUGGAGGAGUUCCUCAAGUGGAUUGUGCCGGCCCCUACCAUGAAGAAAUUCAGUGAAGAGUUGCUCUCCAUCACCACCAUUCUCGACAAGAUUGCCACCAUGUAUAUGAAACAGAAAUAGAAAUCAGGAAGAUAGGAAAGUGUGCCAUAAAAGGAGACGAACGAGAAGGAUUUUUAGGAAUAGUUCUUGCCAUUUGAUUUAGAGCUUAGUAACCCAAAGUUGUAGAACGAAAACCAACCAAAUGUUUUAACCCAAAGAUGUUUACCAUUUACCAUUUAGUAACUAAUUUAGUCGAACCUUUGCAGCCACCAAAUAGGAGUAUAUUUUGAAAAAGUUAAUCCUGAAACCCUGAUCCUGAUCAUGGUCCCUUUGCGGACUGUAGAGUUAAGCUUAGUAUAGAUAUUAUCUAAUAUUUUGAUGCAAUAUUUGUUAUCCAACAGAAACCUAAGUAUGUAAGCCAGCCAAAGUUGAAUUCGAUUUGUAAUUAGUCUUGCCAGAACGGACGGAAGAGUGCUUUGUGUUGUUGUUCGAGCCGCUCAAGCUCGAUUCAAUUCAAUGUGGCCAUGCAUAUGUAUAUUACGAUUAAGCUAAUGCAUUUAGUUUGUCGUUAGUCUUUCAUGACCCUGCCCCCCUUAGGCUAACACGAAAUGCACGAAAUGUUCAAGCAAUUGUGUAGAGUGCAAAUCAAAAUAAAUUAAAUGUAAAUUAAAAUCGAAAGUCAACUGGUGGAAUACAUGUGGAAUAUACUUCAA